UUUUAUCAAUAUAACCUUAUUUAUUUUAUAUAAAUAUUAAGUAAAAGAAAUAUUAGUAUUUUUAAAAAUUGAUCAAAUGAAAGCUAUUUUUAUUUUAGCUAUCACACUCAGUUUAGCUUUAGGCUAGAAUGAAUUCCAAACUACAAUAGCUUAAGGAGUUACAAUUACUUAAUAAGAAUGGAGAUUUAAUUAAAUUUUAGACCAUCUCCAUCCACAAUCGUAAGAUGUUAUUUGGUAAUAAAGAUUUUGCACAUUCUCUCAAUAUUGGAACCCUCUUAAUGGUACUGUUUUUAUUUCAAUUGGAGGAGAAAGUUAAAUGAAAGGUAUUUCACCUGGAAGAGGUUGGCUUGUGUAAUUAGCUUAAACUUACAAUGCUUUAGUUAUUUCUUUAGAGCAUAGAUUCUAUGGUGUCUCUUAACCUUUCCCUUAAAGUGAUACUGUUGAUUCCUUUUCAACUUAAAAUUUAAAAUAUCUCACUCACGAUUAAGCUCUUGCUGAUACUGCUUAUUUCAUUAGCUAAGUCAAAAAGAAUCUUUUUGCUGAUAAUUCUUUCAAAGUAAGUGAAAUGAAUCCUUUUAUCACUGUUGGUGGAUCAUAUCCAGGUGCUUUAAGUGCUUGGUUCAGAUACAAAUAUCCCCAUUUAACUGUAGGCGCUCUUGCUUCUAGUGCUGUCGUGAAUGCUAUCGAGGAUUUCUGGUAAUAUGAUAAUUAGAUCUAUGUGAGCACCUUAAAGUCUGGUCAAUAAUGCCCAUAAAAUAUUUAAUCUUUUAUUUAAUCAAUUUAAGAUGAAGUCAGCAAUCCUAAUACUUAGGCAGCUCUUUUAAAAUAAUUUUAAUCUGAAAAACUUUCUGUUGAUGAAUUUUUGUUCUUCAUUCCUGAUAAUUUAGCUUCUUUUGUAUAGUAUGGAUAAAGAACUGAUCUUUGCAACAUUUUCAAUACUGCAGACUACGCAACUUAAAAAGCAAACUUGAUUGGUUACUGGACUCAGAAUAAUAACUUCCCUAAUGCAACAAUAUAUUCUUAAAACUUCCUCAAUAGUCCUAAGAAAACAUAAGAUUCUGAUAAUAUGCGUUAAUGGUUAUAUUAAUAUUGUUCUUAUUUUGGCUGGUUAUAAACUCCUAGUUAGUAAGCUGGAUAAGCUAUGAGAAGUAGCACUAAUUCAAUUAGCUUUUUCGAAGGAUAAUGCACUCAAGCAUUUGGACCUAUUUAUGUUCCUAAACCAGACGAGGUUAAUGGAUUUUAUGGUGGAUUGAACUUAUUAGCCACUAAUAUUAUUUUUACUAAUGGAAGCGAAGAUCCUUGGUAAUGGGCUUCUCUUACUAAAAGUAAAAAUGGUAUGAUUGCUAUCGUCAGCGAUUGUGAUAACUGUGCUCACGGAGUAGAAUUAUCUUAUCCUAAAGCAUCUGAUUCUUAAGCACUCUAAAAUACCAGAACUACCAUAUAGCAAAAUUUCGACAAAUGGAUUUCAGAUUUUAGAGCUCAAUAUGUUUUCUCUUAUGUUUAAUCUUAAUUAAAGAAAAUCAAUUAAUGAGAUAUUAUUUCUAAGAAUCUAAAAAAAAUAAAAUCAUAAUAAAAUAUAAAAUUAAUUAUGUCUUUUAAAAUAAUUUAUGUUUGUUUGCAAAUAAUAUUAAUUUUUAACAAUAGAAUGUUGGAAAUAU